UGUCAGUUGCGUUCACAAAACAUCCAGACACUAUCUUACGAAGAGAGAAUUGAGUUGUGGAAUUUAGAAAAUGAGCAAUUUGAGGAGUUAAUAAUUCAACCAACUUUGAGUUAUUAUGAUCGAUAUUUUCAUAGAGCACCUGCUCGGACAGACGGAGGUUUAGGGUGGAGAAAUAUGUGGUCUCGACUUCAAGAAGAUGCUGCUGCUUGUCUUCAACUCCUACGAAUGUCACUACCAUGUUUCCGAACACUAUGUAACAUGCUACAAACGAAUUAUGGUCUGAAACCAACUUCAAAUGUAAGCAUUGAAGAAAGUGUGGCUAUAUUUUUGCGUAUAUGCGGGCACAAUGAAGUUCAAAGAGAUGUUGGGUUGAGAUUUGGACGAAAUCAAGAGACUGUGAAAAGAAAAUUUAAAGAAGUUCUUAAAGCGACAGAAUUACUUGCAUGCGAUUAUAUCAGAACUCCAACACGACAAGAACUAUACCGAAUUCCUGAAAGACUUCAAGUACAUCCAAAAUAUUAUCCAUUUUUUAGUGGAUUUGUUGGAGCUAUGGAUGGGACUCAUGUUUGCGUAAAAGUACCACCAGAAUUACAAGGAAUGUACUGGAAUCGACACGAUAAUGCAUCGUUGAUUAUUAUGGCACUUUGUGAUCUGAAUAUGCUAUUCACAUAUAUAUGGAAUGGGGCACCGGGAUCUUGUCAUGAUACAGCCGUUCUCACAAUGGCACAAGAAAGCGAUCCUGAAUUUCCUUUGCCUCCAAUGGAAAAGUAUUAUGUCGUUGACUCGGGUUAUCCAAAUAGGCAAGGAUUUUUGGCUCCAUAUAAGUCAUCACGAAACAACGUUGUCAGAUAUCAUAUGUCACAGUUCAACUAUGGUCCUGCUCCACGGAAUAAAGAAGAAUUAUUUAAUCGAUAUCAUGCGUCUCUACGUUCAGUUAUCGAGAGAAAUUUUGGAGUUUGGAAGAAAAAAUGGAGGAUUCUUUGUGAUUUUCCAAGAUAUAGUAUCAACAUACAGCAGAGAGUGGUCAUGGCUACAAUGGGAUUGCAAAAUUUUAUAAAAAUUUCAAACUUUUCAGAUACAGAUUUUGCUGAAGUUAUGGCAGAAACAUGAGGAUUCAAUACACAAGCAGAGACUGAUUUUCAUACCGAUUUAGAUGAUGUGGAAACAAUUGAAGUGACAGAUGGAGGACAUAUGGCGCAAAUAAGAGAUAAUAUUGCAAAUAUGCUAUGGGAAAAUCAAUAAAAUAAACUUAUUUUCUUAUUGUAAUUUAUUUGUACUUUAUAAAAAAUGUAAAAUACUUUAUUGUCAAAUAGAAUUUUAUUUUAUAUAUUCAGUACUAUUUAGUUUAUAAACACCAUUCAAGCAUUUUGAUAUAAACUUUUACGUUUUCUAUUUUAAAUAACAAAUUUAAUUAAUUUUAUUAAGUUUCUCUUAUACAAACCGCAGUUAAACACCAUUCAAACAUUUGUCCCGCACUUUUUAUUAUUUUGGUCACCAUUCACAUAUUUCUUAAACCGCUUUUAUUAGAUGAACCGCAUUUGUCCCGCAGUAUGCGUUUUUCUAACACAAACCGCUCUUAAACCGCACCGCACUAAUCAAUCCGCUUGUCCCGCACCGCCCAACCCGCUGUUACCAUUCGGAGCCUUUGUCACAAAAUAUGUGUGGUAAAAUAAUGACCAUUUAUAGCCAUGUUUUGCUUUAUGACAACAUCGUGAUUUAUUUAGUUACGAAUAAUCGUGUUUUACAUUUUUUGACUUUGUAGUGACUAUUUAAAAAGAACCACGAUUUUUGUGAUUAUUUCGUAGCUAUAGCCAAGAUUUCUAAUAGUGGAAAUACCAUCUGAUAGUAAUUUUCAAAAAAAAAAAAAACACAUUUGAUAAUAAUAUGUAAAUAAUUUAAAUCUAGUUAUUUUUUGGAUCAAAUAUCAAAUAUGUUGAUCACUUUGAAUAGUUCAUGUAUACAAAAGAAUGCUAUAAGAAUGAGGGGAAAAAAAACUUUUUAUCAAGUUCAGAAUGGAGAGACCUCAAACCAUCCUGAAGCAUCCCUGCCAAUAUGUCUGAAAAUCUGUAUUUAAGUGAUACAGUUUGAUUUUGAAUUGCUUUGUCUAUCGUCCUCAUGAGCUGAUCUUGAGUGCUCCAAUCCUUGUCAUUUGUCGACCAAUUGGCUCCGGCUAGAGGUGGUAGAUGGUUGUCUCAAAAAUCAUCUGUACCAAGAUUGAGUUGACCUGAGUGAGUCGCAUAUGUUGAAGCGCAUUUAGAGUGUCAGUCCAGUCCGGAUUAACAGUCACACCCAGUAAUUUGAAGUAACUCCCAGCCAUACCGUGAACAUGCAAAAAGAUUUGAUCCCUUGUCUCAUCCUUUUUCCCACACAUUAUACAGUGUUGUUGACAAACCCCCAACAUCUCAUUAUUUCCCAUGUAGAUAACUUGUUCUUAUCAGAAAGCCAAGAGAUAAAGGAAAACCGAGGUACUCCCUGACUAAACAAGAUAACAUUUCUCCAGCUUACAUCCUCCUUUCUCUUUUGAAUUUGAUCCCAUGUUCUUGAGGCCAAUAACUCAUUUCAAUAAUCAUCCCCUGAAUAUAACGCUUGUACCUCAUUGUCACCUAGAUAUGGCUUAGGAUAAGGCAAACUAUGGAUAUGAUCAAUACGUUCAUGAAACCUGUGAUGAUAGUGGCUACUAAUACGCUAUUCCUCAUCAUUCGCAGCCUCGCAAACUUUUGUGUUUCUCUACACUCCAAGAUAGCGAGUGCCAAUCGAACCAGAGACAUCAAUUAAUUUCCCCAAACCUGACAAAUUAUAUGUCCAGAAGAAAGUUGUUUCUCCAUUCUUGAAGUCGUCAUACUGAAUAAAUUGGAAUGCUAACCUUCUUAGCUUCAAAGCUGUCUCCAUAUCCAAGACCCUUUGUUAUCCUAUUUUACAUCCCAAAAAGAUUCAUUCUGCGAUAAAUAAUG